AUGGAGGCGAGACUGGCCACAUCGGACACAGAUGCAAGGGAGCAGACGCUGGAGCAGUCGAUGGAGCCUUCUCAGCUAGAGCCUGGGACGGAGAGCCCUGCAUCAAGUCCUUCACGGGAGCGUUCAGCAGAGGCAGCAGAGGCAACAGAGGCUUCCGUGGCAGAUCUCGGAGAGGAGAUGGAAACAACGCAAGGAGAACAUCCACAGCAAGUGGCUUCUGCUGCUGAAGCCAGUUCGCGCGUGGUGGCCUCGCCGACCAGUCCAAAGACACCGCAUUCAGCAGCUUUAGAGGCAGCCUUGCGUGAGAUCCAACUGAAGAAGGAAGGAAUCGUAGGAACUGAAGGAACUGAAGGGCCAGCGGAUGCCACCAGCGAUGCGGCUCGCUCUUUAAGUCCUCCUUCUCCCAAGGCCACGGGUUGGCCUCAAGCGGGCUCGCCCAAAACAGAGGCUGGCGCUGGCGAGACCGAGGACGAGGAGUCGGAGGCUGCAGCCGGUCUAGCGGCACUGGUGUCGGCCAACUUCUCGCGGCGUGUGGCUGCGGGCUCGGCGGCGCAGGACGCCAUCUCGAUGGAGGAGCUGCCGGGCGAUGAGGCUUCCCUGCCACAGGCAGGCUUACAGCACCAGCACACUCGGGUGGCUUGGCGACCACCUCUCCCGGCAUUGCUUACUACUCGCAAGCGGAUUGAUCCUCCAGCAUGCUUCCUGUGCAGCUUGAUCACCAGGGCCAUGACGCGCUUGGGCACUCAAAAAGGGGAAGAUGAUGCCGAGAGGACUGGUGAGGAGGAGUAUGAGGAUGUAGAGGAUUCACCGUUGGAUGUGGAGGACUCCCAGGAGGAAGGCGGGCGCCUGCGUCCCCGCAUGAGCCAAGUCACCGCUGCAGCCUUGCUCUCGAAGGUGAAGGAGCAGGGGAGCUCCGAUGUGGUUCACCCAGAGGUUCUGAAGCUGCAGAAGCGGCUCAAAGAGGAACUGGAGCAAGAGCUUCGUGCUGAGGAGGAGGACGCGCAGGUCUCCAGGGAAGAGCUGGAAGCCAAGGUGUCCUUCCUGCAGGUGCACUUGGAGGCACAAGGGCUGUUAAAGCCCAAAGAUGCGGAUAACCUCUACUUGAUGGCCUUGGCGGAGAUGUCGGGCGACAGCGUGGCCGCCGGCGAGUUCGCGCGCCGCGCGCUCUCGGAGAAGCCGUCCGAGUCCUCCGAGUCCAGUUGGUCGCCGCGCCACGCGAAGGAGAUGCUGUCGCCAUCCAUGAGGUUGCGAGCGCAGCAGCUGGUUGAAAGCAUGGAAAAGGAGAAGGCUGAAGUGGACCGUCGACUGCCUGUGAAGCCGAGAGGUAUUCUCAAGGCCGAUCGGAGUCAGAGCUCAGACCAAGUGUCACUGCCUUCAGACGCCGAAGUCCCCAGCGAGAAUCGCAACUGGCGGGGCAAGAUUCUUGCACGUAGUGCCUCAGGCUUGCGGAAGACGAAUACCACCCCGGAGUUGGAGCCGCCAGAACCUUGGCAGGUCGAUGAGCAGACGCCGUCUCAGGUCUCGGCGGCGCAGAUCUCCAAGGUGGUGCGAAAAGCCGAACCCUGGGCGCGGCCGACGGUGGCCACCGAGGAUCCGGCAGAGAUCACGUUGGAGGGCUUGGCCACUGGGCCUCGCGGCGCGCGGCGCCAGGACUCCUCCGAGCCAGGCGAUCUUCGUGAACACCGCGAGGCACCUGUACUGCCAGACGUCCGAGCACGAAGGCGCUCCUCGUUGGAUGCCGCCGAGUUGGACUCGCUGGUGGCAGUGGGCCGGAACACCCUCAAGGAGGAUGAUGCGGAGGCUGAGGAGGCUGAGGAGGAGCGGCUGCGAAGCCCCACCUGGGUGGACGACUGGAUCCAUUCGGCCCAGGCCGUGACCGCCACGAACCUGCCGUCGACGCCCUUCGCCCGGGCGGUGCCGCCGGAGCCGGCGGCGGCGCUUGGCUUCGCGUCGGCAGUGGGAUCUCUGGAUCGAAGCUCGGAGCAGAGGGAGCAUGGAGAGCAUGGAUGGAGGGUUUUCACUCAUAUUUUGAUGCCCUUGGAGGAGCCACCAAAUUUGCUAGUGCCUGAACCUGGGCCGAAGGAGCAGCCCAUGGUGGCGAUGAUCGCUCUCCAGGCAGAUGGCGCUGGCAGUAAAGGCACGUCCCACCGCGACGAUGCGCAGGGCGCGGGCAGCUCCAGACGCAUGCGCGGCUCCAAACCGAUCUCCAGCCAAAAGCGGAGAGAGAAGGGAAGCCCACGGAUGGUUGGCUUUGAGCCGGUUCCGGCGGUCAGGCGGCGCGACAGCGACGCGGUCGAACGAAAGGAACCGCUCAGCCAGGACGCGUCCGUUCCAGCUGCGGCCGCGGAGGCGGAGGCGGCGGAGGCCGCGGCGCUUUCCUCCGCGGCAGAGGUGCUACCGGAGCUGUCCCAAGAGGCCGUGGUGAUGCCGGUGCCGGAGGAGCCGGCGGAGCCGGAGGAGCCGGAGGUACAAGUGGAUGAGCUGUUGGAUCCCGAACGCAGGCCCUCGAGCGCGGUGAAUUCGGAGGUGACCUCGGAGGACGAGGAGACCAUGAGGCGCCGCCGGGAGGAGCAACGCCCACAAGGCGAGCAGGAGGACGGCACCUCUUCCUCGGGCGUCCGAAGGACACCGUCGAAGACGGCGCUGGGGAAGAGCUAUCAACGCUCCAAAGGUAGCAAGAUGGACCUACUCCUGCGCAGCCGCUCCUUCUUGUCCAGCAACAGCCUGAUGUUGGACGAAGACGAGGAACCAGGUGAUUCUGGGGAAGAGAUGAAGGUUGUGGAAGCGACCAAGGAGCUCGCGGUGAAGCGAUGGAAGUUGGGUGGCCUCGCAGUUCAGGCCGUGCUGCGGCUGAGGGGUGCAUUGAAUAGCCCGCAGCCGGGCUCCAGGCGCACGAGUCUCUCCUCUCGGCUGGAGGAAGGUCCUCCCGAGCCUCCCCAGCCGUCGCGACGCGAGAGCCGCGAGUCCAUGGAGCCGCGCACGCUCGUGGAGUCGCGCCGCACCAGCCAUGAGGCUCCUCCACUGCAAGCCACCGGCCUGCUGGGCCUCGGCCCUGCGCUCCCAGCGACGGGUCCGGAGCGCAAAGCUGGAGUUGCCAAGCUUCCGCAACUGGACCAAGCUGAUGCACGGGAGCAGGAGAGCCAUCCGCCCAGUGGCAAACUGAAGAUGCCGCCUGUGCCAAUGCGCUUGGAGGUCCCGGAGGCCGGUAAGAUGAAAGUGGAGGCUUCCCGAAACGAAAGCAAGUCGAAGGUGCCGGAGGCGCCCCGCUCGGCGCGCACGCCACGACUCCCGGACGCGAAGGUGAAGGCGGAGGGAGGUGGCACAUCCUCAGGAGCGGCCACUGCUCGAGCACCCGCCACUGCUCGAGCUGCGCCCAACAGCGUGACGUUGACCGCUGCCACGAUCCAGGCCUUGCGCUCAUUGGAUGCACCAUACUUGAGCUCCUAUGGCAAGUCCGAGCAGCGCCUGCUGAGCGCGCACACCACCGCCACGACCUUCCUCAGCAAGGAUGACUCCAGGACCACCUUAAAGGAAGAUUCAAGUGUGGGCUUCUCGCCUUACGCAUCCCAGACAGAGCUGCACCAAGCGUCCACCAUGUCCUACCAGAGCUCGGUGGCGAAGCUGUCGAGCUACUCCGCCGAGUCCGAGAAGCAUCACUCCACGGAGGAGCCUCACCCGCAGCAUCGGCAUGCGCAGCAGCAUGCGCAGCAUCCGCAUCCGCAUGUGCCGGCGCAGCCCCACGGGCCGCAUGCGGUGCUACCAACCGUGGAGCGAAUCGCUUAUGGAGUCGAAACAGCCCUGCUGAACCCCAAAGGGAAGCUGAUUGGAAGCCCUGGUUGUUGGACUUCCGGGCUCAGCAAAGAGGUGGGCGAGGUCUAUGUCACGACUCCUGGGCCGGUGCUGGAGAUCCGGAAGAGCCGGAUGAAGGGCCAUAAGCUGGUGGCGUCCAACUUCGUGAAGCCCAAACGACGACUGGUCGAGGUCUCUGCGAUGCCGGGCAGCGCGCAAGGUGGCCUUCGCCGAGUGCCACUCCACAGCUCACUCAGAGGAUCGCAGCUGCACCACUAA